UCGUCGCUGCGAGGCGUUUAUAUAGUUGGCCAUCUCCCCUCCCCAAGCUUUGUACACUUUUCAGGGUUUAUUACUUUGUCCCUUUCCAUCUUCGUCCACCACAACACCAAAAAGCACCAUCAUCACAAUGGCUGCCGCUGCCCCCGUCACCUACCCUCCUCUCGAGGAGCGCCCGCUCAAGAACACCAUCUGCUUGUUCGAUGUCGAUGGCACCCUUACCCCCGCGAGACUGACCGUCUCACCCGAAAUGCUCUCCCUCCUCUCGGCCCUCCGCCAAAAAUGCGCCAUCGGCUUCGUCGGCGGCUCCGACCUGGUCAAGCAGCAAGAACAGCUCGGCUCCGCCUCGGUCGACGUCACCACCCUUUUUGAUUUUUGCUUCGCCGAGAACGGCUUGACGGCCUACAAGCUCGGCCAGCCGCUGCCCUCCAACAGCUUCAUCAAGUACAUUGGCGAGGACCAGUACAAGGAGCUGGUGCGCUGGAUCCUGCACUACAUUGCCGACUUGGAAAUCCCCAUCAAGCGCGGAACGUUUAUCGAGUACAGGAACGGCAUGAUCAAUGUCAGCCCGAUUGGCCGUAAUGCGAGCACGGCGGAGAGAAACGAGUUUGAAAAGUUUGAUAAGGAGGCGGGCGUGCGGAAGGAGAUGGUGGAGAAGUUGAGGGAGAGGUUUGGGCAUUUGGGUUUGACCUUUUCCAUCGGCGGCCAAAUCUCCUUCGACGUCUUCCCUACCGGCUGGGACAAGACCUACUGCCUGCAGCACCUCGAGAACGAGGCCAAGAAGGCCGGCGGUAUCACGUACGACACCAUCCACUUCUUUGGCGACAAGACCUUCAAGGGCGGUAACGACUACGAGAUCUACGAGGAUCCUAGGACUAUUGGUCACUCGGUUACCGGGCCGGAGGAUACGGCGGCCGAGCUGAGGAAGCUUUUUGACCUUUAAGUCUUGGGGGGGGGGGG